CGCUCGGGGUUGAUUUGUAGAUUCUAAAGAGUUAAAUUUUUCAAAGGUAAAAUAGGGGUAUAUCAAAACGUCUAAUUUCGCUUCACCGGAUCGACGUGUUUUCCUGCCUCUAACUCGCGAAGCGUCCGCUCCCUGCCUCCUGGAGGUGACGGUUACGGUACCAAACUUUGAAAUGCCCGUGUUUCCAAAAAUAUUAUCUGUGGAGCGAGAAGCUUACGACACAUGAUAAAGAAUCCCUUCAUCUUACCUAUUGAUCGUUCAGCAGGUUAAACAGAUGGUCCACCAGUACCUGGGAGCCAGUUCAAUUCGAGAUAACUGAUUUCAGGGGCAAAUUUUUGAAAUGAGGACCUCCUCAGUAAGGCUUGAACAGUCCCUGUACACCCAAAUUGUACCGCAUGGAUUAAUUAAAACCUUUUCCCGUAACUCACGGUGGUCGGUGGGCACAAUGACCAUUUCCUCCAAGUUUUGUGGGGCGGCAAAAAAAUAUGACCCAGACACAUGGUGGCGCCCCGAGUUUGUUGUUGGGACUUGGUUGGUCGAUGCUCACUUGGUGAACUGCCUUUCUUGCCAAACACUUGAGCUCCAGUCGACCACGGCAUCCUUUAAGGAAGGUCCCCUGAACAUUUAGAUCGACCACAUCACUUAAAAGAGUCGGCUAGAGCUCUCUGAGUUUGGCGCCCCCCAACAAAAAUCGCACAAAAUUGGGAAGACUGAUAUGUGAGGUAGCAUCGGAGCAAAAAGCUAUCCGAAUCGAACCAACAUUGAGGAGGUAAACGGAUACUAUGAAUGCAGUGCCUUAGCUGGAGCUUUGAUAGUGCUAUAGAGACAGGCUGCCACUAGAGGGGGAGGGCCGGUUGAUGGGGGUGGUAUUUAAUGUUGUGUGAUAAAGUGAGUUGAGGUGUAGCCAGCGGGGAGAAGGUGGUGGAGGAGAGGAGAGUGGAGUGGAGUGAUGAGGUAAGAUGAGAUAGUAAAGUAAUGUUUAGCCCGAACUGGGAACGGAGCUCUAAAGCCUAAUGGAGGUGGCAGUGGAUUUGGUGAAGGGGGGCACCGUGGCCGAGAGAAAGGGCCGCAGGAUUGGCAAAGUGAUGUGCUCCGUCGCAAAGUUAUAUUUGAUGGCGCUGGUGGGGUAUAUAGGAGAACGCGCUUUUGUGGGAACAUAACUUAUUCGAAUUUCACAACACUUCGUACGAAUCUCUCUCGUUAAAUCUCUCUACAUUCAACAUGUCUGGACGCGGUAAAGGAGGAAAAGGAUUGGGAAAGGGAGGUGCCAAGCGUCAUCGAAAGAUCUUACGUGAUAACAUCCAGGGUAUCACCAAGCCCGCCAUCAGACGUCUUGCACGACGAGGUGGAGUCAAGAGGAUCAGUGGACUGAUCUACGAAGAGACCAGGGGAGUCCUGAAGGUCUUCCUGGAGAACGUGAUCCGUGAUGCAGUUACCUACUGCGAGCACGCCAAGCGAAAGACCGUCACCGCCAUGGACGUUGUCUACGCUCUGAAGCGACAAGGUCGUACCCUGUACGGUUUCGGAGGAUAAGCAGCCUGCUGCUUUCCACCUACCUGAUCUCGAGCUUGCUCGAUUUCAAACAACGGCUUUUCUCAAAGCCCCACAAAAAUCAAAAAAGAAAACCUGUCUAACUGUAUUACAGUACAACAAUAUUAUUCAAAUUGUUCAAGCUGGAUAUUUGUCCUCCCAAUUUAAUCAACCAAGUUUUGAGUAUAC